AAAUGCAGUUCUUCCAUGACGUGGACUACGACGUCUUCCGAUAUCUGCAGGAUAACAACAAAACAUAUGGAUUUGGCAUCAUGCUCUAUGAUUCGCCCGAGUCUCUCCCGUCCCUUUGGCCCGAGACACUCAAGUUUCUGGCCGACCGCCCGGAAUACCUGCACGAGAACAAUGCCGUGUCUUGGCUGGUGGACGACCAGCAUCGGCCUGAGCACCACCUCAGGGCCAACGGCUACAGCACCUGUCACUUUUGGUCCAAUGCUGAAAUCGCGGACCUCGCUUUCUGGCGGAGCCAACCAUACGAAGAGUAUUUCACCUAUCUAGAUCGAACAGGCGGAUUUUUUUACGAACGGUGGGGUGAUGCACCGGUCCACAGUAUUGGUCUAGGGCUCUUUGAAGAUGCGAGGAAGAUCCACUGGUUCAAAGACAUUGGUUACAGUUACAGCCCCUCUGCUAGCUGUCCUAAUUCGCCUAAAUUUUGUGGAUGCGCAGCCGGGCAGUGGUACAGCCGUGAGCCACAGCGGCAGCAGGAAGACUGUCUCCCUGUCUGGCUCAAACACAUUGGGGCUGACUGAGCACCCUCUUCGGGCAAAAGCCGCCGUCUAAUGGCCACGCGCUCGAUCUCUAAAUAUCGAUGUCUGGAAAUCUAAUACAGUUUUGGUGAAGCCGUGCAAGGCGGUGAUUCCCUCGGGAGCGAGUGUGCGUGGUGGGUUACAACCCCGUAGAAUAUCUGCAAACCGGCAGCCAGGUUGGGGUCGAUAUUGAGUUUGCAUCGAUAUCCCUCCGCCGGUAGGGAUGAUUGAUCUCGCAAGGACAGUGCCAUGCUUACGAAGGUCUGGGAUGAAGGUCACAACAACGUUCUACUCAAGGUUGGGACGAUAUGAACCGGGUGGUUUUCGAUACUAUAUCGAAAGUAUCGAAAGUAUCGAAAUACUUUCUCUCUCUGCUUC